AUGUCUUCUGGAAUUUUUGUAGUUUCUGAACAAAAUUUAGAAAAAUUGCGUGAUUUUCUGGAAGUGGCGGAAACUUUGGAGGUCGACAGACUCUAUGUGAGAUUGGAACUGCCCCGAACUGAUGAAAUCAUCUCAAAAAUCUAUCUUCUCUCUGCCAAUAGUUGUCCGAGAACAGAUGUGAGAAUCUUGGUGAAAUCUGAAAACCCAGAAGAUUGUCUGCUGAUUGGAGAUGAAAAACCGGUGGAAAACACUGGAAAAGUCCCGAAAAAAUACAAAAAAGUGGUGCUUGGAGGGACGUUCGACAGGCUUCACAAUGGUCAUAAAGUCCUCUUGAACAAGGCAAUCGAGUUGGCAUCUGAGGAGAUUGUUGUUGGAGUUACGGAUAAGGAAAUGAUUAUCAAGAAAUCUCUAUUCGAAAUGAUUGAACCAGUGGAUUAUCGUAUGAAGAAAGUCAUCGAUUUCGUAGAGGACGUUUCUGGAGAAGCAAAAUGCACAACUGAACCGAUCAUCGAUCCAUUCGGCCCAUCCACUCGAAUUCCAGAUCUUGAAGCAAUUAUAGUGUCACGUGAAACAUUGAAAGGAGGGGAUGCAGUGAAUAAGAAGAGAAAUGAAAAUGGAAUGACUCAAUUGGAUGUUAUUGUUGUUGAAUUAGUGGAAGGAUCUGAUGAGAUUUUGAAUGAAAUCAAGAUUUCAUCGAGUUCGAAAAGACGAGAGGAACUGGGACGUCUUCUGAAACCGGUGGCAAAUCAGAAGACCCCAGGAACUCCGUAUUUUGUCAAUUUAAAUGGAGGAAGUGGAUCAGGAAUAGAACAAAUCGAAGGGUAUUUGAAGGAAAAAAAUGGAAUCGAAGUGGUGAAUUGGGAUGUUUUGGAUUCAGAUGAGAAAAUGAAAGUGUUCGAGAAUAACUCGAGAAUCUCGAACAUUAAAGUAAUUGUUCUCACGUCAUCCGCUCCUGUCGAGGCCGCCCAAAUUUCUGAAAUAUGGACAAUAUUCGUUCCUGCAUCUGAAGCCAUUCGUAGAAUAAUCCAGAGAAAUGAGAUAACUGAGGAGGAAGCACAAAAGAAGUUAUCAUCUGAAAUGCCAAACAAGGAGAGAAUUGAGAGAAGCCACGUGGCUCUGUGCACACUCUGGAAUGAAAAAGAGACAAGGAAUCAGGUGGAUAAAGCAGUUAGGGGGCUGAUGAAGAGACUUUAG